AUAUAGUAAUAUGAGAGCACUGUCGUCUUUCUAUAUAUAAAGUGUUUUGCUGCAGUCGGGUGCUUCUCUAUAAGCAAGUCGUCUUGUUUUUCAAUGAAACCCAAAAGUGUUAUUUUAAAAUUUUAAAUGAGAUCCAAGUGUUUACUUUAUAAUAAAUUUAAUUCUUCGUACUACAUGUCAUGUCAUGUGACUCAGACUUUGAUUGAUGACGUGUCUGCGGUGUCUGCUUUGAUCCUCAACAGAUGACAUUUUUAAUAGACUUUUUUCCCACUUCGCACUAAACAUUUUUUAAAUAUUUGCUAGUUCUGCGUGAUUAUGUCCACGGAUGUUUUGGAAGCUACAGUGAUGCUGGAGGCCUUACGGGUGACGGAGCUUCGUCUUCUGCUCUCCAAGAUGGGCAAGAGUAAAAGCGGCCUGAAGAAGGACCUGAUGAAGAGAGUCUCAGAUCUGCUGCACAACGACUGCAGUCCUGAGCUGCUGUCUGCUGUCCGAGAGCUUCACAAACUCCGGCAGGUUUCUAAAGACGCCCGCAGGAGCUCAAAGCCCAGUUCUGACCAGAUCAUCUCCAUGCCAGAGUGUGUCUCACCCGACAAACCACAAUCACCCAUAUCUAUCUGUACAGAACCACAGAUGAUCAAACUGCCCUUCUAUCAGACGCUGGACACCAUUCUGCCUCCUACACCUCUGGUGCCCACUUGUGGAGGAAUCAUGCAAAACUCAGAUUUCUUGAUUCAUCUCAGUGUGGAUCAACAGACUCAGAUCCAGAACAGCCGGACGUCUCAGUCUGGCUCCACGUCUGUUCAGGUGGUGCUCAGGAUUUGCUACAGUGAGAGCGUCGGUGUUGAAGAAGAUCAGUAUCCACCGAACCUCGUUGUUUCAGUUAAUCACGCUAACUGUCCCGUACAGUGUUCCUAUUCAUCCAAUAAAAUGGGGACAGAACCUUCUCGUCCGUGUCGUCCGAUCGACAUCACACCCGAGUUGUAUAUUACAUUCACAAAUCGAUUCUCAGUGGUGUGGGGAAACUUCGGCAAGAAUUAUUCUGUGGCGGUGUAUCUGGUGAGGUUGGUGUCGUCUCAGGAGUUGCUGGUUCAGCUCCGCAGUACCGCGGUGGAGCAGCAGGAGCUCUGCAGACGCCGAGUUUCUGAGAAAUUGUGUUCUGAUCCAGAAAGUGAGGUUGCUACUACAGGACUACAAGUGUCUCUGAUUUGUCCACUAGCAAAGAUGCGUAUGUCGGUUCCCUGUCGGGCCAGAGGCUGCGCUCACCUGCAGUGCUUUGAUGCUUCUUUCUAUCUUCAAAUGAACGAGAGGAAGCCCAGGUGGACGUGCCCCGUGUGCCACAGAUACGCCCCCUUUGAUGCGCUGCGUAUCGACAGUUUGCUGUGUGAAGUUCUCGAGAGCUCUGGUGAGGACGUGGAGGAGAUCGAAUAUCUGUCUGACAGCACCUGGAGAGCCGUGAGACGAGACAAAGACGACAAAAACAAAGAAUCUGUUCCACAUCCUCUCAAACACAUUUCUGUAUAUCGUGAGGUCUUGAUCGAGAGGAAAGGUCUGAUAUUUGGUUUUCCCGUGUUAGAAGGGAACUCUAAGCCGGUGGGCGUCUUCGUCGUGGAUCUGACUCAGUUCUCCUCUGACGAUGAAGAUUUCCAAAAAGAGGAGACUGUUUCUACACAUUUAGAAGACAAAAGUGUACAUUUUAGAAAAUCUGGCAUAGUUAAAACUUCUGGAGCCAAAAGUCUAAAAACACAGAUCCAAAAAUAUUAACUGAGCAAGAGUUAAUUUUUAAUGUUUUUUUUUUUUUUUCUCUGUUUUAGUUUUUAGUAAUUGUUAAUAUUUCCAAUGAAUUACUUUGCCAAAUGUUUUUAGCAUAUAAGGCUGAAAACUGACUUUUGUCAUUUAAUUGUGUUUUGUAUGUUUGAAGUGUUGUUUUUCUUUGUUGUAAAUCUUAAUUGUGGUGGCAAUAAAGUUUCAUUAUGAGAUUGAUA